AAAAAAACUCACCGCAGAGCUGAAGAAGAGAAUCCUCAGUCGGCAUGAAAGAGAACUGAAAAGAUUUAAAACUGACACAGAACUCCAUGAGAUUCAUGAGCCUGAAGACAAGAAGAGAAAAAAAAUAUCUGGGAAGCAUCUUUUCCAGGCUUACAGAAAAAAGGUGGGCAAACAGUACUUACAAAGGGAGUUGCUCAUGUCGGUAAAACGUACCAAGCACAGAGGUCCAUGGUACACUGGGCGAAGGGAACAUCCAAUAAAAACAUAGACUUUGUUGUACCAAUUCAUUUCCGUGAACUGAAUUCAAGAAGAGAAAAAGUUCAAAACAUGAACGAUCUGCUCCAUCAUUUCCUCAAUCCUGAUAAACACCCAGGAGUUUGCAAUUAUGAUGAGUGUGAAGUACUUUUUGUUCUUGAUGGACUGGAAGAAUGUAAACUUCCCCUGGAUUUUGAAAAGAACAAGGACCUGACUGAUAUGGAAGAAACAGCCUCGAUGGAUGUGCUGCUAACAAACCUCAUCAAGAGGAAUUUGCUUCCCUCUGCUCAUAUCUGGAUCAUCUCUCGACCUUCAGCAGCUGACAAAAUCCCCUCCGAAUACAUCCAGAAAGUGACAGAAUGUCGAGAGACCUUGGAGAGACGGAAGAAGCUGAUAUCCACCCUCAAAGAAAGAUUUAAAAACAACAUUCAAGAUGGAGACAUCAAUCAUUCUAACCAGACAGACACAGAACACAUCACGAGAGAGGAGAAAAGUAUUGAAACCAAUGAUGGAGAGAAAAACGAACGUACGGUGGCAACAUCAGUGACUCAAGUGACUGCAGUAUCUGAUAUCUUCAAAGAUACAAAUGAAAAAACAAUAAGAAAUGUGCUGACUACUGGUGUGACUGGUAUUGGGAAAUCUUUCUAUGUGAGAGAUUUGUAAAAGAGUGGGCUAAAAAUACCAACAGCUCAGUUUCUACGUGGCUUUUAGAUUCCAAGGGGGCCGAGCCAAAACUCAUGAUGAAGAAGUUAUAUUUCCACUUGACCUCUCUAAACUUAAUUUGAUUAGAGAGAAAAAAGUCAGCUUGUUUGAACUACUUAACCAUUUCUUUAAGGAAACUCAACAAAUAGUCAUCUCUAACUUUGAACAGUUCAAAGUUCUGUUUGUCCUGGAUGGACUGGAUGCUUUUCAAACAGCUCUUGACUUUGACAACAAGGACACCGUGACUGAUGUGAGGGAAUCAGCUUCAGUAAAUGUGUUACUGACAAACCUCAUCAGAGGAUCUCUGCUUCCUUCUGCACGGAUCUGGAUAACCUCCCAACCUUCAGCUGCCAAACACUUGCCUAACAACUUUGUUGACAGGAGGACAGAAAUAAGAUAUAAGCCUGAUCUUGCAAGUAAAUGGGAACUCAAAUCUCAGCUGACGGAGCAAUUUACUCAUGUGACAAUGGGGGUGGACAUGCAGAAAACAUCUGCUCUUCUAAAUGAAAUCUACACAGAUCUCUACAUCAUAGAGGGGGAAAGAGGAGAGGUCAAUAUUCAACAUGAGACCGUACAGAUUGAAGGUGCCAAGUUCAAACCAAAGGAAACAUCCAUUAAGUAUGAUACCAUCUUUGAACCAGCAGUAGGAAAACCUAAGAACAUUAAAUCUGUGCUAACAACUGGAAUGGCAGGCAUUGGAAAAUCAUUUGCCACCAUGAAAUACAUGCUGGACUGGGCUGAGGAUACGUCGCACACGGACAUUUUCUUUAUGUUUCCGCUGUCUUUCCGCGAGCUGAAUUUGAGAAAAGAUGAAAUGCACAGCUUGGAGGAACUCAUUUAUAGUUUCUUUCCAGGAAUGAAGACAUCAGAAAUAGAAGAUUAUGACAAGUAUAAUAUCCUGAUUGUCCUGGAUGGUUUCGAUGAGUGUCGCCUUGAUCUCGACUUCAAUGAAAGUGAAGAGUGUACAGAUGUGAAAAAGCAAACCUCUGUGAAAGUUCUGCUGACAAACCUCAUCCUAGGCAAUCUGCUUUCUAAAGCCCAAGUCUGGAUCACCUCCAGACCUGCAGCAUCCAACAGUAUCCCUGCUGGUAAAGUUGACCGUGUUACAGAGGUGCGAGGAUUCAAUGAUGACCAGAAAGAGGAGUACUUCAGGAAGAGAUUUGAUGAUAAAGAUUUGGCUGAGAAAAUCUUGUCACAUGUCAAGACUUCAAGAACCGUUUACAUUAUGUGUCACAUCCCUGUGUUUUGCUGGCUGACAUCAACAGUUCUGGAGGACUUUGUGGAAAGAAAAGAAGUCGGGAAGAUGCCCAGCACUCUGACUGACAUGUACAUACACUUUGUUUUGUUACAAUGCAGACAGGCGAAUGUGAAGUAUGGCACAGAUGAGACAAGUAAGAAUUCUGAGCCAGAUUCAUGCUGGAACACAAGCAACAAGACCACAGUUGUUUCUCUAGGGAAGUUGGCUUUUGAAGGGCUCGAGACAGGAGACCUUGUCUUCACUGAAGAAACAUUGACAGAGUGCGGUGUCAACAUCACAGAGGCUGCAGUCUUCUCAGGCAUCUUUACCCAGAUUAAACGAGAACGCCAUGGGCUGUACCAACAGAAAUUGUUCUGCUUUGUCCAUCUGAGUAUUCAAGAGUUCAUGGCAGCUUUCUAUGCAUUUCACACAUUCAGUGACAAAAAUGUAAAUCUGCUUGCCAAACCCCCUUCAACAGACACAGAUGUGCCUGAAUCAGACUUUUACAGGACAGCAGUAGACAAGGCCUUAGAUAGCAGAAAUGGAAACUGGGAUCUGUUUCUUCGCUUCUUGCUUGGCCUUUCUCUGGAGACAAAUCAAACUCUCCUGAAAGAGCUGCUGAACAAGACAGAAAAUAACAAGGAGACCAAUGAGAAAACAAUUGGAUACAUCAAAGAAAAGAUAAGGGAAGAGAACAGUGAUGCUGAUCAAAAUUUCAAUCUUUUCCACUGUCUGAAUGAGCUGAAUGACCAGUCUCUUGUGAAAGAAGUCAAAAAGACCUUAAGUCAGAAACAAGCCACAUUUGAAAACUUCACCACAUCCCAGUGGUCGGCUCUAACCUUUGUACUGCUGACUUCAGAUGAGAAGCUGGAUGUGUUUGAUCUAAAAAAGUACCGCAAAUCAGAGAAAGUACUUCUGGGAAUGUUGCCGGUCGUCAAAGUCGCCAAAACUGCUAUGCUAAGUUGGUGUGAGCUCACUGCAGAAUCAUGCAAAGGUCUCUUAUCCUCAGUCCUCAACUCUGCAUCCUCUAACCUCACCGAGCUGGACCUGAGUCAUAACGACCUGUUGGAUACAGGUGUGAAGCUUAUUGCAGAAGGCCUGAUGAGUUUACAUUGUAAACUGGAGAUUCUCAAAUUGUCAGGUUGUCAGGUGACAGAAGAAGGCUGCUCUUACCUGGCCUCAGCACUCAAGUCCAAUAAGGCCUCCUCCCUGAAACAUCUAGAUCUAAGUUACAACCACCCUGGAUGCAACGGGGCAGCUGUGCUGUCUGCUAUAGCUGAUGAUCAAGAUAUGAGCUUGAAGACACUCUGCUUGGACCACUGUGGAGAGCAUCGCUUGAAGCCAGGGAUAAAGAAAUAUGAUGGAGAUCUGAAGUUUGAUGAAAACACAGUAAACAAGAGGCUUGUUCUGUCAGAAGGAAACAGGACAGUGAAAACAAUAAAGCCGGAGGAGAAAGUGGAACGACCAGAAAACGAGUACAGGUUCAAAAGAUCUCAAGUGUUUUGUGAGGAGAGCCAGAGGGGCCUCUGUUACUGGGAGGUGGAGUGGAAAGGGACUGUUGGCAUUGCAGUAGCAUAUGGAGGAGUGGGUAGGAAAUGGGACAGUAAGUGUGGCUUAGGAUGCAAUGACAUCUCAUGGAGUCUGCUCUGCUCCAAGGAUGGAUACACUGCCAGACAUGGAAAGACAUCCAAACAUAUUACAGCUCCUGAUCUGUUUUCCCAAAAAAUUGCUGUGCUUUCUAGAUUGGGAAGCUGGAACUCUGACUUAUUACAGUGACAUAUCAGGAGAGCUGAGCCUCAUACACACCUUCCAUGCCAACUUCACAGAACCACUCUAUGCAGGCUUUUGGUUUAAGAGGGGCUCUGUGACUCUUUGCAAGAUAGACAAAACCCCUCUGCGAUGGAGUGCAGUCAAGCCUCAAAGUCAAAAGCUGACGAAAAAGCUAAAGCGAAAGUGCUUAAAUCAUCAGCACCUAAAGGGGCAACUCGAGGCUGGCUGUAAAAGUGAACAAGUCCUCAUUGAUGCCCAUGAUCAUGGCAUUGCAUCUCAAGCCACCUUUUCCUAACCUGAAUCAUUUUGUUACCAUGAGUGAAAAAUAUGCAGAUUUUUUUAUCAGAACUACACGAAGAAAAUAGGGGCCAAUUUUAAUUGCUCUAAAAUAAUUGUAAAAAAAUGAAAUUUUGAAAUUGUGAAAAGUUUUAAUCUGGUUACUUGUAGUUCCACAGCACUGAGACUGCUCAGGAACAAUACAAAUUACCUUUUAGUUUGUGCUUAUGAAGGCAUGUGGUCAGUCCAUGUACUCAGUGCAGCCUUUUUCACCAUUAAUCACGACAUCCUAUAGAACAGACUGAGGCCUUGGAUAAGGGUAUAGUAUAUAGUACAGCCUUAGAGUGUAUGAUAUCUUUUCUGAUGGACAGAAGUGUCCCUUUGUCUCUGAACAAUUAGCCCAUGUGUCUGCUUUUUCUUGUGUGACGUAUGGUGUACCUCAGGGAUCAUUUUUGGUACCAAUUUUAUUUUCAUCAUCCAUGCUUCCUGGGGAACAUCAUAUAUAAACAUCGGGUCUCUUUUCAUUUUUAUGCAGAUGAUACUGCAUUUUACCAGCCCAAUUCAUCCACAGACCCUGGUAUGCAGAGUUCUGUUAACAACUACCUUUAUGAGUCUGAGAGCUCACAAAGAAACUCACAAGACACUUUUGCGUAAAAUAUGAUUUUAAUUGGACCACAGCACAUGACAAAGCAAAUACUGCCAUCUGCUGGUCUCUAUUAGAUCGAACCUGUCACAGAGUUCUUGGCAUGUUGUUUGAUCUUUUUUUCUCUCAUCUCAUUAUGCCUCGAUUACUGUAAGAGCUUUUUUGCCACCCUGAAACAAAAUCAGUUGUACAGAACUCAGCUGUGAGGCUUUUAACCAGACCAGAAAAUAUGACCACAUCACCCCUGUAGCCUCUCUAUGAUGGCUCCCAGUAUAUUUAUUGAUUACUUUUAAGGCCCUUCUGACUAUAACUCAGUCCUUUUACUGCAAUCUGGCUGAAGUAUAAAGAGGACAGAGUGUUUGCUGCGAGUGCUCCGAAGUUUGGAAUGAUCUGCAUUAGGAGAUCAGGUCAGCUGAAAAAGUUUGAGUUCCUAAUUAAAACAUUCUGAAAGUAUUUUCUGAUUUUACUAAGGUAUAAUGUUUUGAAUUGCAUGUCUUAGAAAAUGGAAAUAUUUAGUUCGUAUUCUUUCUUUUGCUUAUGAUUUCAUGGCCUGCCCAUUUUAUUUUGCUGCCUGUGAAGCUCUGUAACUUAGAUUUUUUAAAAGAGCUCUACACAUAAAUGAAUAAAUAAAUAGAUGUUAUUACUAUGGCAGCUGUCCGUGAUCUUGAACAGUUUAAUAUAUUUUAUGUAACAAUGCAUGGACAUUGGUUGGUCUGUAAUAAUAAAUGCUUAGUGUGUAUCUUUAAGCCAAACUGUACUCUAGUAGUAGGGCAUGGUUGCAUCCUCUGCUGCACAGAGAUCAUAUGUGAAUAUAAUAAUUUCUGAUGUUUGUGUUUUUAUACCUGUAAAUAAACUAAUGCAAAAAAAAAAAUCAAA